AUGGCUAGCAACGUUCCUGGACUGGACUGGGUUUUCAUUUUAGGGGUAUUAUUAUUCGGUAUUGUAUUAUUAUUUGUAUUAUUAUUAUUAUUAUUAUUAUUAUUAUUAUUAUUAUUAUUAUUAUUAUUAUUAUUAUUAUUAUUAUUAUUAUUAUUAUUAUUAUUAUUAUUAUUAUUAUUAUUAUUAUUAUUAUUAUUAUUAUUAUUAUUAUCACUAUUAUUACUACUGUAUUUGUUUACACGUUGCAUGGACAUGUCAAGACUAGUUAAAAUCCAGGUUUGUUCAGGACCAUCGUAG